CACACGUGCGCAAGUUUAAGCCCAUUUAUGCUGCAAAUCGAGUCUCGAGUCUUGAAUUUUAAAAAAGAAGCGGAAAAUCUAUUCACGUAUUCGGAUUGCUAGAAGUUUGCUUUGAUCCAAGAAUAUUGGUAUCAUUCGUAUCAAAAAGAGCAUAGAACGGCUAGUGUUAUCUAUCUAUGCGAGUUAGUAUCGAUUGGUUUCUUAUCGAGUUGGUAAGAACUCAUCGUUGUACAAAACUGUCUACGCUCAGUCGCUAUUAAUCGUUUCCUGCUGUAAGAAGUGUUUACAAAUAAUAUCCGUUCACGUUUAUUGGUGAAAAUAAGAUACGAGGUUGGCUACUCGAGGCAUCUAAUUUUGAAUAAUUUUAAGAUAAAUUAUAGUAACGAAGCGAUGGAAAGCAGAAAGGAUUUAGUUAGCAUUAAAGAGGAGCCUCGUGACAAUUGGGAAGAUGUUGCCAACGAGAGUGUCGAUCCGGGGGUCUCGGUCAAAACCGAAAACUCUGAUGAAUCAUCGGCAAAUCCCACCAAUGACUGUAUUUCGUCGCAGCAGAAGGAAGAUGAGGAUAUUCUGAUAGAUUGCGAGAGCGUAUUGGUAAAACAGGAACAUAAGCCCUCAUUGACGACCAUCUGCCAACCUACUGUAAAGGAAGAAGAUCCGACAAAUGACUCGAAUGGAAAGAGGCUUACAAUUUUAAAUAAAAAAGGAUCCGAUUGCGAUAAUAACAGUCAAUUUACGGUGGGAGAAGAAUCGAGUUCAACAAGACAAAUAGAAACGACGAAUAAGGACGAUGGAUCACAUGAAUUAGAAAUUUGCAAAACCGAAAACUCUGAUGAAUCAUCGACGAAUGAAUCAUCGGCAAAUCCCACCAAUGACUGUAUUUCGUCGCAGCAGAAGGAAGAUGAGGAUAUUCUGAUAGAUUGCGAGAGCGUAUUGGUAAAACAGGAACAUAAGCCCUUAUUGACGACCAUCUGCCAACCUACUGUAAAGGAAGAAAAUCCAGCAAAUGACUCGAAUGGAAAGAAGCUUACAAUUUUAAUUAAAAAAGAAUUCAAUUACGAUAGUAAUCGUAAAUUUACCAGAGAAGAAGCGACUUCAGCCCGACAAAUGAAAACGACACACAAGGGCAGUAGACCUCUUGAAUGUGAAAUUUGUCACAAAUCGUUUAGAUCCCUAUAUAAACUUAAAAGACAAGGGUGAUCUAAAUAGACAUACAAGGACAGUACACGAUCGUAGCAAACCUUUUGAGUGUGAGAUUUGUCACAAAUCAUU